GUAUGAAGGUCAGAGGACAAUCCUAUGGAGUUGAUUCUUGUGGCUUGAGGUGGGUUCCAGGGGUCAUUCUCUGUCAUCAAGCCUGAGUGUCACGUGCUUUUUUUUUUCACUGAGCCAUUCUGAUCCUCAUAUUUUAAAAAAAGCUGACAAUUGUUUGAAUUUAGUGCCUUGUUAUGAGAAUUUUUCUCCUGCAUUAGUCUUUCAGUUUAGUUUUAUUUGAUUUUUCACUUUAAAGAUCAUUCUGGCCUCUUAACUCAAAGUGAUCUGUCCAUCUGCCUCCUAGGUUUAAAGGGGUGCACUCCCACACCCCACCUCAUAAUUUUAGCUUUUUAAAGUAAGAGUCUUCCAUGGUUAAGAAAUAUGGAAUAUGUUUGAAAGAAAAUUUGGCUCCCUUUUCAGCUGACAAGUUGCCAGAACUUUUUUGCAGAAGCCAGCCAUAGCUCCAGCUCCCACUUAGAGCACAAGUUUCACACUCAGAUUAUAUGCCUUCACGCUUGGCCCUCCUUUCCCCCAGCUUUUAUUUAUUUAUUUUGUUUUAUUUUAUUUUAAAGAAAGGAUCUUGUGUAGCCUGGAAUGGUCUGGAUACCCUAUGUUGUCAAGGAUGGCUUUAAUUCAAGAUUUUAUGUCUUAGCUUCCUAAGUACUAGAAUACAUAUGUUAGUUACUGUGCCAGACGAGAAUUCUCUUAUCUUAAAAUUGCUCUGUGGAAGGGACACAUGUGAGAUGGCUCAGACUGGUAAAGCAGCUUGCUGCCAAGCCUGGCUAUCUGAGUUCAGUGCCUGUAACCCCCAUAGUGGAAUAAGAGAACCAAUUGUAAUAACCCCUGCUAGGUGUCAUUGUAACCCAAAUAAGUAAUGCAGUAUAUGUGAAUUAUCCACCAUUUACAUACUAGUUAUUCUUGCAUCUUUCUCCUUGACUGAAAUAUGGGAAUAAAAUUUCUAACUUCUUCUUUGUUAGUAUUUAUUGAGCAUUUACCGAAUUAUGUCAUUAAAGUAUUAUCUUGUUUACUUUUCCUAGCAGGUCUAUGAAAUUAUUCUCAACUCUAGUUUUCUGUUUUGCAGAUGGGGAGACUGACAGUUUAACACUUGGCCAAGGUCACACACCUGUUUCUGUUCCAGAUGAUCGAGCUGAACAACGAACCUGUCUUAUCUGUGGAGAUCGUGCUACCGGCUUGCAUUAUGGGAUCAUCUCCUGUGAAGGCUGCAAAGGUUUUUUCAAGAGGAGUAUUUGCAACAAACGUGUGUAUCGGUGCAGUCGUGACAAGAAUUGUGUCAUGUCCCGGAAACAGAGGAAUAGAUGCCAGUACUGCCGCCUGCUCAAGUGUCUCCAGAUGGGCAUGAACAGGAAGGCUAUCAGAGAAGAUGGCAUGCCUGGAGGCCGGAAUAAGAGCAUUGGGCCAGUGCAGAUAUCAGAAGAAGAGAUUGAAAGAAUCAUGUCUGGACAGGAGUUUGAAGAAGAAGCCAAUCACUGGAGCAACCAUGGUGACAGCGACCACAGUUCCCCUGGGAACAGGGCUUCAGAGAGCAACCAGCCCUCACCAGGCUCCACACUGUCAUCCAGGUCUGUGGAACUAAAUGGAUUCAUGACGUUCAGGGAUCAGUACAUGGGCAUGUCAGUGCCUCCACAUUAUCAGUACAUACCACACCUUUUUAGCUAUUCUGGACACUCACCACUUCUGCCCCCACAAGCUCGAAGCCUGGACCCUCAGUCCUACAGUCUGAUUCACCAGCUGAUAUCAGCAGAAGACCUGGAACCAUUGGGCACACCCAUGUUGAUUGAAGAUGGAUAUGCUGUGACACAAGCAGAGCUAUUUGCUCUGCUUUGCCGCCUGGCCGACGAGUUGCUCUUUAGACAGAUUGCCUGGAUCAAGAAGCUGCCUUUCUUCUGUGAGCUCUCAAUCAAGGAUUACACGUGCCUCUUGAGCUCUACAUGGCAGGAGUUGAUCCUGCUCUCAUCCCUCACAGUUUAUAGCAAGCAGAUCUUUGGGGAGCUUGCUGAUGUCACUGCCAAGUACUCACCCUCUGAUGAAGAACUACACAGAUUUAGUGAUGAAGGAAUGGAGGUGAUUGAACGGCUUAUCUACCUAUACCACAAGUUCCAUCAACUGAAGGUCAGCAAUGAGGAAUAUGCAUGCAUGAAAGCAAUUAACUUCCUAAAUCAAGAUAUCAGGGGUCUGACCAGUGCCUCACAGCUGGAACAGCUCAAUAAGCGGUAUUGGUACAUUUGUCAGGAUUUCACUGAAUAUAAAUACACACAUCAGCCAAACCGCUUUCCUGAUCUUAUGAUGUGCUUGCCAGAGAUCCGAUACAUUGCAGGAAAAAUGGUGAAUGUGCCCCUGGAGCAGCUGCCCCUCCUCUUUAAGGUGGUGCUGCAUUCCUGCAAGACAAGUACAGUGAAGGAGUGACCUGUCCCCUGCACUGCCUCAGGUGCUGGCAGUGCCAUGGGUGGCAGGACAGGCUCCAGAAGAAAGAGCCAGAGAGACCAAGAUGGAGACUGUGGGGCAGCCCCUCCAUCACAAGAAGAAUGUGUUUGUUUGUCUGUUUUUAACCUCAUUUUCUAUAUAUUUAUUUCACGACAGAGUUGAAUGUAUGGCCUUCAACAUGAUGCACAUGCUUUUGUGUGAAUGCAGCAGAUGCAUUUCCUUGCCGUUUACAGAAUGUGAAGAUGUUUAAUGUUACCGUGUUGUCAUUGUUUAGAGAUAGUUCUUUUGUAUUUUGAGGGAGAGGGUGGGAUGGACUAGACCACUAUUUCCAUAAUAUUGACAAAGACAACUACCUCAAUGGAAACAGGGAUAUGACCAUCUCUACCUUUUCCACAAUUUCUUAACAGAUGUACACUUGUCUGAUGGAGAACAAACUGCCUUUUUAUAGCCACAGACUUACUAAGCAAAAGAGUAUGCCAAAUGAUCAAAAUGAUAUAGGGAGAUGUACUAUAGAGGCAGGCAGGACGUUUUACAGGCAAUUUUCAUCUUAUUCUUCAAUGUUUGAUGAAGAUUAGCAAUCACCUCAUCCCACAAGCUCAAAGGGCUCCUGCCUUCUGCUACACCCCUUCCGCCCCACACACUGUUGUCUGUUGAAUGCUGCUGUCAAUUUUUCAUCCAAGCAGAGUCCUGACAAUAAAUCAGUAUGUAGGACUUGCCUCCCAGCUUCCUUGGGGCUCACAGCUGCCUAGUUUCCUGAUCCAGAUCUACCAAGGCCUACCUUCUUCAAACUCCAUCCCUCUCUCCUGUGAAUUUGACUCCUUGUCCUCUAGAAAUGUGACAGGAAAAUGCCCUGUUCUGAAUUUGGAUACCAUUUCUGAUUUGUUUUCCUUUCACUUGUUUCCCUCAAAGGAUAGAGGGACAAAGGCCAGGCUGCUGACAGAAUAGACUCCUGUGGAAGCCCCUGUUUCACCCCACCUUAUCCUCAGAACCAAAUCCAAAACUUGUUUUGUUUUUAUAUUUUGUGUUGUUGUUGUUCUUUUGGUUUGGUUUUGAUUUUGGUUUUUUUUUGAGACAGAGUUUCUCUGUGUAGCCUGGCUUUCUUGGAACUCACUCUGUAGACUAGCAACUCAGAGAUCCGCCUGCUUCUGCCUCCCGAGUACUGUGAUUAAAGGUGUGUGCCACCACCACCUGACUAACAUUGACAUUUUUAAACAGUAGAAAGAACCAGAGACUUGGCUCCUAAAUUUUGUUGUAAGUUCUCUUAUUAUUUCCAAAAUGAGAUCAAUUUACUAGGGUUCUUAAACAGAAAGCCAAGACUCAGAGAAGCCCAGAUCUUCCUUCAACUAUCAUCAGUGGUCUGGUCUACCAAGGCCUGGAGGGAUGGAGCCAGAAGUACCUGGAAGGGGAAGGGGCUUUAAACUACCUCAUGUGUUUAAGGGCUUCCUACUGCCUCUGCAGAUGCAGCCUGAGCCCUUCUGCUUUACUGCCUGCCCCACCUAAUUCUAGGAAGAAUUCUUGCCCUCCAGGCUUUGGCCAGGACUACACCAAGUUUGUGUUAGAGUUGUUUUAGCUGCUUUUACUUCCUUUGCCCACACCAUGCCUAACUACAGCCAGUCCCCAGAUGGAUGCUUCACUGGCUGCUUCCCUUGGCUGGCAAGCCACACCCACAGUAUCUCCUUGAGCCUGUUUGGUCAGGAACUGUUUACUCCCAAUGAAGCCUAGUUCACUUACCCAGAAGGCUACCACAUCUUGUGUAUCCUAGGUAGUCUUCACUAGAGCUUCUCUCUCUCUAGUAAAAUGUUACAGGUACCAGCAAAGUGACACCUAAUGCCCCUCGAUGUCCAAAGUUCAGAGCAUUACGUCUCAGUCUUAUUCCCCGCCUCUCUGAGAAAGAAAAAAAAGAGAUGUGUUCCUCAGGAAGGUUCCAAACAGAAUGUUUUUCACAUGUUGUGGGAAGAUUUGUAUGUGUUGAUGUGUCUGUUUGUUUCUAAGUUCACAAUAUUUUUCUUGAUUGCAUGAAUAUUUGUAUUUAAUGAAGCAGACCACAUUCUUUGGCUCCAGGUCAGAGUCUCGGCUACUUUCCUCAAGCUGGAAAUCAGAGACAACCUCUUAGAGACAGCCUGUGUGCAGCAGCUUUCUUUGCUUAGACCUCCAUUUGUCAAAUUGUUAGUUUUUGAAAUUGCUUUUCAAAUUAGCAUUUACCUGAUGUGUUGACUGUCAAAGCUCUGAUGAGGCAAAAACAUGUCUCUCCAAUAAUGUAGUAUUAAACAGAGCAAGUUGUUAAUCUGUAGAGUGGGGGAAAGGUUCUGCAAGUUGCCAUUGUACAAAUCCAUUUUUACAAAUGUUUGCAGCAGAUUCCACAGAACAAAGAGCCCAUUCAUUGCCAAGAGCCCUGCAGAAUCUCUGAGCCAAGUGGCUGUGUGUUCUGAGCUGGAGCCUGACCUGUGGACUGCCUUUAAUGUCUUCUGCACCCAGUCUUUUUCUGACAUGGGCUUCUUUUAAAACAGGGUAAAGUGAAUGUACUGCAUUGCAAACUCAGGUGUUAUGAGGAGAAGGUAGGAGUGUAGCUGGCAGUGUGGAGACAUUAGGUCAGCCACUAGAUGUAUUUGUGAUUUUGGUUUGAAGGACACAGAGAAAGGUUGGAGGGGGAGGUUUGGUGUGCUUGUUUUUGCCUUUUUUCCCAUAAUGUUUGGUUAACAGGCGGCCUUUUUGCUAGUGGAAGAAGGAAAAAUGUGUGCACGUUAUCUCUCAUUCCUCUCUCUUUUGUCCUCUCUGAUCCUGGCCACUAAAAGUACUCACUUUGAGUGAGACUUUUUUCCACCAUAAAAAAUACAUGUGGAAAAGGAGAAUCCAUCUCCUUGCAUCAUGUCAAAAUCAUUACAGGCUUCCCCUUCCUUUUCUUAUGUGUUUGCUUGACCCAAGACAAAAGUUUGGAGUCUUGGAGCUUUGUAAUUCAUGUUCUCUGCCUCCUUUUGUAGACCUUCAGUGUCCUUUGCAGGGUUUAGUGGUCUCACCCUUAGUUUGUAGAAAUUCCCUACAACUCAUCUCAAAUCACUCCAACUGGCUCAGGACACCCUGUCCCCAGGGCCACCCUACGGCUGAAGCGGGCAUGAAUGAACCUCCCCAUCCUGAUGGGCUGAUGGUAGAACCAGGAGGGGUAGGAGAACAAAGAGGCAUCAACCAAAGUUGCCCACUCCACACGGUCUGAGUCAGCUGUCUAGCCUCCUGUCUUGCACCUCUCUUACUUGUUCUUGACUUCCUGAAUAAUGAGACACAUAGACCACAGGCAGUCUUUAAGUUGUGGCUAAGACUAGCCAAAGUAAAGGACCCUGGCUUCCCACAGAGCAGAAAGCUGAGCAGACGUUCUAUGUUUCUGUCUUUGGAAUACUGUUCUUUGUGGUCUUUCCUUAUUACUUUUUUUUUUUUUUUUUGCAGUUUUUAAGAAAUUCAGCCCUUCAGACAAGCCCUUCUAUUGAGCUUUGAUUUUUUUUUCUUCUUAAAAUUUUAGAAAGACAACCCACUAACUGACUCCCCCACCUUGGUCCAUGGGAAUACCCGCAUGCCCCUUUGCCGUUGGUCCUCCUCCCUUUUCCUCAUGCCCAGUGUCCAUGAAGUGUUUUAUCUGUGUCUUAGGAUGAAAAAUGGCAAUCAUCCCACCAGGUGCUGGAAACCGGUCAGCCUUGAAGCAGUCACUUCUGGGGCCACAGCUCAGGGAUGUGUAUUUAAUUACAGGGUCCCCAGAAAGCCUGCUCUUGGCUGCCACAAGUGACAUCUUUCCUGGACUUGAGAGUCAAACCCUGACCACUUCCUCAGAGGGAGCAGCCCCAAUCUACUGAGCUAGAAGCAAGCUGCCUCUUUGGCUAGGUCUGGGCUUCCUCAAAACUACUGACCAUCCUACACAUGAGCCUCAAUGGUGCUCAUAGGAAGUCUGGCCCUUCUGCCCAGGACAAGCCCUCUUCUUGGCUUGUAGUCCUAAAUAGACCCCAGCUUGCUUGGCUAUCAGAUGUAGGCUUAAAUGGAAGCUGUGGGAAAGGCCAGGGCCUGCUCCAAACCCAAGAAAAAUGUGCUACUGGUGGAAGUUAGUCUUCCAAACCCUGAAGCCAGCCCUGCCAAAGGGUUCUCUUGCUCUUUGAUGACCUUUUUCUUAGAUGAAAUAUAAUAGGUGAUAAUGUUUUUAACUCAAAUUUCCAUGAAAAAAAAAAAAAAACAAACUACCUCUUGAGUGACAUCCUGAUGGAUUCCCCUCUGAGGAGUCUGUGGGAAAAGAAUAGCUCCCAUGUGUUUACAUGUUUCUGUUGGGAACGAAACCCUGGUUGUUAAGUGUUUUUGUCUGUGUGGCCUGUGAUAGGGGCUUGUGGCUGUAUUGUACUGUCUGAGCAGUGUCUGGGGAGUUCUUUCCACCUGCCCAGCAAGGGACAAGCCUCCCCUGGAAGAGGCCUUCUGACCUCCAUAGCUUGGAUUUCAGGGGCUUUGAUGGCAAGUGCAUCAUGAGCCUACCUCAGGCUACCUCCCAGUCAUCCCACGGUCCUACGUAGGAAUCGAAUGAAUAGGAUGUCUCUGAGCCCUUGUUCCCAAAGGGCCGGCCAAGGGCUGCCUGCCAGCCUGGCUCCAUCAACCCUGCAUGACCAAAUGAUAGUUGGCGGGCUCUACAGGCUACUCAGGCCCUCUGCUACCUCCCACACUUGCCUGCUGGCAAGGGGUGGGCCCUGUUCUGUGAAUUGACUACCUGUGGAAAUGUGACCAAUUAGUGUGAAAUGCAUGUUUAGCGAGCAUUAGGUACUGUAUUUGAACCAAUAAAUGUGAAUCCUCUGCACAUA